CUCGAACGCGUUGCGCACUGGAAUAUCGACAUUCGCGUCCGCGGUAUAACGCGGACGACGUCGACCCCCGGCUCACGGAUAUCCAGGUUACCAAUACCCCGACGACCACCCGCGGGGCCACGUUCCUACUACACCUCUGGCCUCUUCGGAUCCCGCACCUGUGUGCGUAAGAGCAACGACCAGGUGAAGCCGGUGCGACCCACGAGGCUGACCCGGCUGGAAUCGAUGAAUAUACAUUUCGUACGAAUGUCGGCGCUUCGAUUACAGAGAAUUGAAACUCGGUGAAUUAUUCGCGGGACCUCCGCGAAACGAUGAAUUCUUACGGUGCGCUCCGGGCCCCCGUCGAAAUCGUUGAAUACCACGUUCGUUGGAUAUGACGAACGCGAUGGCAGAAAAAACGCGGAGGCAAGAAUCGUUCGCAAUCGUCAGAAACGUUGUGCGUAAGGAGAGACCCCCACCCUAUCACACCUUGACGUGUUGAAAUCAAUCUACGCGCGCUUUGCGGCAAACAUAGUUGAUUCGGUCGCCGGAAAUGGCGCCACCCCUCGGAUUGAUGAUCUUUCGAACGACCCUUUUCGCGAUAUGAUUGAACGAACAUCCCUCGAGCGGAGUUCGAUACGAAUUUUAAACUUCAAAAGCAAUCACCGUCGACGGGUGUAAUAAAUGGACACGGGAAUAUAGGAUAGCGAUUUUUGGUAAACGAACUGUGAUUGAAACAGCGGUAACGACGUUACUUCGCUAUUCGAAACACAAUAUAGCUGAGAGACAAAAAUAGCUUUGUCAUAAAUCUCCAAGCGAAACACAGUGACAAAUAAUUGAAUUUGAAGUAGCGGUAAAGUCCUUCAAACUUUCAACUUUGUCCCUCCGACCUCGCGUACACAUCAUAUUACAAUGGUAGAAAUUCAAUCAAAUUUUCAUCCGAGUCAAUAGCUGGAAAACGUCUACGGUGUUCCAUAUAAAUUUGAUUUGACGCCAUUGAUAUAUUGAACGAACCCUACCGACAAAUUACAACGAACAACUAGCCGGUUGUAACGAAAAACGUUUUACUUUAGUUGCAUUUUGCACGAUCGCACGAUAUGCUCGUCACUUAUACAUAAGUAUGUACAUUAUUCCCGUUGUGCGCUCGAGCCCUCGUUAUGUACCCCAUCUUCGAGGCGUGCUGUAACGCUGAGACCCACAAUAUUAAUAGGUUGCCCUAUCGCCGUGCAAAGAUGUUCUGAAUUAGGCUGUAUAUCUAGAGUGUCUUUUUACUGCUGGAAGAAUGUUUCGGUCGGCGAUUUGAAUAAAUAAACAAUGAGGUAGAAUUUAUCGCAAAGUUAAAAAUGUAUGGUACACGAUUGUGCAGAGAAAGCAAUGGGAUAGCUCAUUGUCAGUUUUCGAACGUGUAAAGUUCGAUCCGAAAUGGGGUAAAAAAAGGGUUGGAGCGAAGAUUUCUGGUAAAAAAUGUUCAAUAAUUGAAAUCAACGCGUUGCUGAAAGUUCAAACGGUUACAGGAAAGCAAGUGGAACGAUUUUUACGAGCGGGGUACAUCGUACAAAAUCGAAUGAAAAAUGUAAAAAUUGCGCCAACCGGAUAAAGUGCGAAUCGUAUUAAAAUCGAAACGAGCUACGACUGCGCGUACAAUAUAAUGUGAAAGUAUUGAAUCACAAUGAUGAAUAUUCAUCCGAAUACCGUUUUAGAACAACUUGAUAUCUAUUUUAGGUCGAAAUAUCGACAAUCAUUCAUUCAUCUCGGCAUUGUGAACGUGAACCGAGAUACAUCUGCAUGUGUGGUUUGAUUGAUCGUUAAUUGAUCGAAUUAAAUCGAAACUUUCAACACAUACCUCUCAAUGAAGUGCUCGAUAUUUGUCGUUACGAAUUUCUUUUUCUUUUACCAAGACUCUCACCAUACGUUUUCACUUGCCAAAGUUGAGCAAAAUCAGCCGGGGCACUAUUACUCGAUUCUGCGGACCCCGUUUGAUCGUCUUUUUAAACUCAAGACUUGGCUCAAGAGACUGUGGAGUAAACCGGCAAGUGGUGCCAUCCAACAGUGGUUGCAGAUACAAAAUAUACCCCUCCGAUUUCAUUCGAGGUUGAUAAUAAAAUUGGAGGGUAAAUUCUAUCCACACGUGAUGGCACAUGCAUAACUUACGACCGGUGGCACAUGUCAAAAGAGAAAAGUAUGGUGAAAAUAUAGACGAACUGUUUAUCUCGAUUGAUACCGAGUUCAUCAUGGUCCUUUUCAACACUAAUACGUGGAAUGCCGGUCACGAAUUUUGUACAGUGUUUAGAGACCAAUAAAGUGAUACCUGGCUUCAGUAUUAACUGGACUUCACAAGUAAGGUGCCGGUGUUCUCACUUUUGAGAUCUGAAUUCGUAUGUAUAGGUCACAGUGUGUAUCUGGCCAAUCUUGUCAACAUACCAGUUGCUGCUUAGUUGAUUAUCCAAAUGAAGAAAAGGGCACACAAAACCAGGCGCCAGUUACUGGCGGAAAAAGAAAAAGUAGCAAAAAAACUUGUAGACAAAGCUAAUGCUACAAUAGAUCCUCUUUCCACGUUAGAAUUUCUUCGUAAUUACAAAGCAAAGGAUGGAACUAUGGUGGAGGUUUCGUGCCACAGGGUCGGAGAUCUGUCAAAAGAAACUGUAUCAUGGAUUUUAGACCUCAUGGAACGGAACAUGAAAAAAAUGUACGAACAAUCCUCAUGGGGCUGGGACCAGGUGUCCAAACAAACUGAGUUAUUGGAACCAGCAGCCUGGUACUUAAUCGCAACUUGUGGUGGCAAACCAAUUGGAUUUUCUCACUUCAGAUUCGACAUAGACUAUGGCAUCGAGGUGUUAUACUGUUACGAAAUACAGCUGGAGUCAUCGACUAGACGAAAAGGGCUAGGUCGUUUCAUGAUGCAGGUUCUCGAGUCAAUGGCUUUUCAGGCUCGAAUGCAGAAGGUCAUCCUGACAGUCUUCAAACACAAUCCUGCAGCCAUAUCGUUCUUCCAUUCUCUCGGGUAUGGUCUGGACAGCACAACGCCGGAUACUAGAGAAAACUUGCACUACAUCAUCCUCAGCAAGCUCAACUUAUCUCUCGUUUACCCUAACGCCAACCAAAAUGCACUGGACUGAUUUUUUAGGCUCAAACCCAAUGACUCACAAUGAUUGGUACUUCGGUCAACUCAUGUAUAAGUGCAUCCGUUUAAACGUUCUUAUAUGUGUUAGUAUGACAACGGCUCCCCAACUAAUGCAUUCGUGUCUUAAGACUGCGCUCUAUGCAUUAAUAUGGACAAAAUUUGAUGUUGACACAAAUGGACAAUCGGAGAUUUAAGAGAGGGUCCGAUGCUAAUAAACGUUAGUGGAGCUUCA